AGCUGGAAAAAAUAUGGCGAAGGGUGAAAGGUGUAGAAACGAAGAGGAAUCUCCUGAUUUUGAUCAGUACACUAAGGACGCCCUUGAUGUGCUGUUUAGCAAGCAACAGCAAACAUACGAAGAAUUCUUGCAGGGAUUUACCUUCCUGAAAAAAGGUUAGAGACCUUUUGCUCUGAAGUAUUAUGCGCGCUUCAGCUUCAUACACUAAAGCUUAUUACCGCCUUGACGACCACCGUAAUUUAGAUCUAUUGAUUAAGAGAUGGGACAAGGUUUUUGACAAUCCACCUUAAUUAAAUAGUUAUAUUUUGUGUACGCUGAUUGUUUUGUUUCUUGUACAGCCGACGUUCACAAAAAAAAUUUACAAACAAAAGACCUUUGUGAUGUUAAUUGUGAUAAUCACAGUCAUUGAUCAUGAAUUACGUCACAAUUGGAUAGAAAAGCGCUAUUUAUAGGGGGGAGCAAAAGCAAGGGGGUAGCUCUCCCUUUCCCUCUGGCAGCUGCUUGCGUGGAACAAGCCAGAGAAGAUCACCCUGAAGUGCUAAUGUGCAUUUUGGGUGGAGAGGGGGAGGUGGGGGAGGGGAUGGGAGCACCACUUGCUCAGCGCAUCACAUGUGCUCCCACAGCCACCUCCAUAAUGACCCUUAAUGGAACCUGAUUUAUUCAGUAAACCCUAAUCACUAAACGUCAGAGUCAUGUGUUGGCGUUUGGUGUGGGGCUUCUGGAUAAUAUGCGGGUUUUAGGCAAACCUACCUGUUGGCAUGAAAUUUGAAAAUCCAUGUUAGGGUAAGGGUAAGAGUAAAUGCAUAAAUUCCCUGAGAUUGACUCAAUUGUAAUCCAGAGAAAUUUUAAAUCUUGCGUGUUAAAGUAUACUGUGUAAUUUUUUUUAAUAAUUUGAUGCAUAUUUUUAAUCUCUAUAGAGGAUGUAACAGGAUACGAAGCAAAAAGUUCUCAGAUUAUUGGUCAACAAGACAAAAAGACAGGGGAUACUAUUGUAAAAAGCCUGUCAUCAUCAGAGUCUUCUAGUGUAACAGAAAAUGACACCAUUCCAGAAGAAGUAAGUUUUUUUAAAGACCAAUUUAUAGGAAUCACCAUGGUGAAUGCUAUAUGAAAUUAAACACUUGCAAGACACUUAGAGCCUAAUCUUUGUUGACUUGGAAAAUUUUUUUUCAUUAAUUAUUGUUUUAUUCAAAUCACACUGUUAAAGUUACAAAGAGGUAUAUAAUUACGUAAUAAGGAAUUGAAAAAACAAAAAAAAAGGGAGGAGACGAAAUGCAACUUACAAUAAUUGACACUGACGAUAUAACUACAUAGAAUUAAUCAAUCACAAUUUUUCUAAUUGGACUUGAAAGAUUUUUGCGUUUUGGAAGUUUUCACUUAUUGGAGGUGUGAGUCACGUAGGAAGGGUCAUCGCACAGGGAGGUUCAACUGUACCUGUAGGAAACAACAAACAAACCCAACUUUGAAUGGAGGGAAUGGGGGUAGAGGCAAUCAAUGCUAAAUCACUGGGAUGGAGUUCAGUUUUGUAAUAACACAUGAUCUGAUAGUUGUCAUUCAAUGGUGCUUAAAUAUCGUAGAUACUAGGACCUGGUUCAGCAACUCCUUCCAUCUUGAUGAGAUCAGCUGAUUCAUCAAGCAAAUCAUUUAUUCAGGUAAGAUUAUUUUACACCUCAAUACCACAGAGAAAAUAUUUUCUCUAGUGAAAAUGAAUUUUCAAGCUCACAAAUAAUUAUAUAUUUCUGCAUCAAUAGGACAACUGACAUGUGUUGACCCGUAGCUUAAUUUACUUUAAAAAUGCACUUGAUUUGCAAUGAUUGUCAAUAAUUUAUUUAGCACUUAAGUGCACUGGAGACGGGACCACAAUUAUUUUAAGUGGUCUUUUGAGCCAUGCAAAGUUCUAUCCCUUAUAAUAAUUACCAGUAAAUUACUGGUAAUUAUUAUAAGGGAUAGAACUUUGCAUCAAUAGUUAUUAUUACUAUCAAACUUUCCCUGGCUUAUAUAUUUUUUUCAUGGACUGAUCAUGCAAGGUGUACGUAUCGAAUCAUUCAUAAGUGAUGGUGCUUGUAACCAUAUUUAAUAAUUAUAAUAAUAGUCUUUUAUUUUAAAUUAAUGCAUUGAAUUACAAUCUUUUCAUUUGUUAGUAUUAUUUUACCCAGUCAUGUUGAGCCACACAUUUCACUUUUCAGGUAGAUAACUUUAUUGACUGCGAAGAUGAUGCAAGCGAUGAUGAGGAAGACGAUUCAAAGAUGCAUGAUCAGGGUCUUUUAGAAGAUGAAAUAUUUUAUUCAUCUAGUUAUUCUCCUUCAGUAUCAUCAUUAUGCCCAGCUAGGACGUCAAAAAGUGAACUAACAACAGAUCAAACUAGACAUCAGAAGAAAAACGUAACCGCUGAUCUAGAUGAUAAAUGCCCUGAAUCCAAAAACAUCUGUUAUCUAUCUGGUAAUUAAGCUAAUAUUAAUUAUUUAAAAUAUCUAUAAUUAAUGAUGACUGUGCUGUAAAACACUUAUCUCAUGGGUCAUAUAAACAAUAUAAUACUAAGGGGACAUGAAAUUUCUCGGUCUUGCUGAUUGAGCCUUCAUUAUGAUUGUCUUUUAUGGUGUUAUCUCUUGAAAUUUCAAUGGCCUUUUCUGUGGUGUUAUAUCUUUCAUUUUAUAUAUUUACAACCUUAAAUUACAUUGCUUUGAGUUUGUAAACUAAUAAUAUUGUUAUGUGAAACCCAAAGCAGUCUUCUAAGGAAAUCCUUACAAGUGUAGUUCUCUCUCUAAAAAGACCCCAAAUUGUAUGAAAACAGCUAUUUUAUUGGUUAUCUGCAGACUGCACAAACUCAAUGACUAAGCCAAAUUUUCAUUUUAAUCCUAUUUUGUAAUAGUCAAGAAUAAGGCAACCGCAUUCCCAGGGUUCUCUCCUACCCACCCUACGGAGCGAAGUUGAGAAUAAGGUUUUAAAAAAGCUUCCCAUCACUUCGUUGUUGCAGUAUGUGUAUUUUGUUUUGCUAGAUGGUGUAUCAAACCUUCCAGGGGAGGUUGAGGACCAGGAAACAGCUGAUGAAGAAGGUAAAUUGGAGUUGUGACAUGAAAUACUUACAUUCUUUUUAAGGUGUGCAAAAGGAUUAAUAUUUAUUACCAGGGCUUCUUAACUUAUCAAAAGAUCUUUUAAAUACCUUUAAUAAUUUGUAGUAGGCGUAUAAAUUAUGUGUGUGGGUAAGUGGAGUAUAUUGUGUGCAUAGGCAAUCUGACAGGUGUUAAGUGUCUAGUCUAAGACAAAAAAUAUGGGGAAGAGGAGUACCUGUGUGAUGACUUCAGUAUGAACACUUCUGAUUAAACUUACGUGACAGAUUGUAUUUUGACAUGACUAUAAUCUUCCAAAUAGAGAGAAGUGUGAUGCAACGUUACCUUGGUAGCAAAAUUUCUGGAUCAUAACUAUAGGGAGUUUUUGCAAUGAUGAACAGCAAAAAAACAAUAGGUUUAGAUUGGCAAAAAAAAUAAAUAACUUCGCACAUGCGUCAUGUUUUUAAUUUGUACAUUUCUUAGCUGAAUUUGACCCAGAAAAUUUUGCCAACAUUUGACAAAAUAAAUGAAAUUAAAUUAGAUCGAUGAAGUUUGAAACAGUGCGAAUCCACUUUUCAGGGUCGGCCAGGGUUUUUGGGUAUACGGUAUACAGGGGCUUUUUAAAUCGGGUAUAUGGUAUAUUGCAGCUUAAACAUGGGUAUUCAGUAUAUCACUUUCUUUGAAUUUCAGGUAUAAAGUAUACCUGGGUAUAAUUUUGGGUAUUUUUGGCGAAUUUUUUUCAGGUAUACUGGUAAACCACUACCCCCACCUGGCCGACCCUGACUUUUUAAGUGACGUGUUGGUUUGUGUCAUUUAGAAAUUUUGCUACCAUGACAACGUGACAUCAUGUCUUGUCCUCUCUAUUGGGCAGUGGUAAAGUGGGUGUCUUGUUUUACAUACAUAUAUCUUAUCAAACCCAAUCAACAGUUGUGUGUGUUGGUCUUUCUAUAUUCUGUUUUAAAUAUUUCCAUUUCUAUUCAGAUAGUGGAUUAAAGGAAUCUAUGGAGCCAAACAUAAGACAACUGCAGAUCUCCACAAGACUAAAGGGGGACAAUCUGAUAAGUGAACACAGCCUCAAUGUGGUAUGUGCCGCACUCUAUUUCCUUCUCAGUCUGCCCAUAUAAGCCCUUGUAUGGCACUGUUAUCACUCAUGAGAAAAUUAAUAGAACUGUACAGUACCGCAAAAUAAAUGAUCCCCAACCGCAAAUGAUCCCGAGACCGCAAAUGAUCCCCUGUACAGUACUUUAUACCCUUUUAGUAGACUGCAAGUAGUUGUCCUUUCCUCAGAGCCAAUGCAGCAAAUUGUGCAAGUUAAUGGUAAAAAGGAGGAGAGAUUGGGGCAGAAAGAGGAAAAAGGACUUCUUUGCUUUCUUCUCUCAGGCUCCACCCUCAUUUCUUCACCCCUCCCAAGUGUUCACAUUCUACCAUGCUCAAAAAAAAAAAAAAGAGACUGCUUGCAGUCUAUAAAGUAACAUGGUCUAUUGAUUUGGGUGUUUGGGAAGGGGGUGGGGCUCUCUCUUUGUGGGUUGAAAGUCACUUAAUCCUCUGCUUUGCUUGAUAUUGCACUUGUUUCGGGUCUAAGUUUUAACCUGAUGCAAUGGGGGUCCAAGCAUUAUUUUGCUGCCACUCUAGUUCUCUGAGCCAAUAAGAUUGUCCUGCAGAGAAAAAUGCUUUGAUGUUUGAUUUCCUAAAAUCCCUCACUCUAAUUAUGCUCUCUUCGUCUUAACAUCACAGGGAAGUGAAGGUACAGAUGAAGUGCAACCAUUUACUCUCGAUACAGAAUUUGAUUAUGAUAAUGUUGCCUUGACACCCAAGUUCAGAAUGGUACCUGGCAACCAAUUCAUGACCAUCAAUCACAGAGACUGAAAGAAGGCAUUGGAUGGACAUACUUCCCAAAAAAGGGGUCAUUUGUAUUUUAUGAACCUUUUCACUGCAAAAAAAAGCAAACCUAGAAAUGAAGAAAAAAAAUAACUUAUUUCCCUUUGUAAAUAUACUUGAAGAAAUACUGUGGAAGAGGUUUCAUUUCAAUGACCUCACCCACAGGAAGGAGAGUGUCCAUGUUGUAGAGAUGCCUGCUUUAUAGAGUCAAACAGUGUGACUGAACAUCAUGGAUUAACUCUGGGUGUCUACCUACAGAGUUGUCUCUUGUAAUAAUUUUACCACCUUCAAGAGUGAAAGUGUUAAGGAAAUUGGCCAUGUGGAAUUCCUGUUUGGGUG